AUGCCAGCUGGCGCUAGACCCAAUCAAUCAGGCGCGACGCUCGCCCCCACAAAGCAAAGUCUGGCUCAGCACAAAGCAGCUAGAGCGGCAUAUGCACGCGUCCAGCAACUUGCGUCCGAUGGAGGUCUAGAGACGCUCGACAAACGUCUCAACAACAAGCUGUCCAGAAAGCGCAAAGAGCGCAAGGACGAUCUGAUUGAGCAGCAGGCCCAGGAAGAGCGGGACCGCACAUGUCGUCAAAACGACUUUGCUCAGCAGCAGCGCGCUCUGGAUGAGCAGAAAGAGGCUCUUCGUCAGCAGGGGGAAGCUCUGCAAGCUCAGCAAGCGGCUUUUCGUCAGCACCACGAAGCUCUUUUGGGACAACAAGAGGCUUUUCGCCAGCAAGAAGAGACUGUUUGUCAAGAACGAGACGAUCUUCGUGAGCACCAACAGGUGCUUGCUCAAACGCGCACUGAGCUUGCCAGCCAGCAUCAGAGUCUCGAGUGCCAGCGACACGAGUUGGUUCAACAGCAGCAGGGCGUCCAAGCUCGACAAAGCAUCGUGGAGCAACAGGAUGGUCAGCUGCAAAGUCGCGCAGAAGAACUGUUCUCUCGCUUGCAGGCAGUACAAGAGCGUGAGAAUAGUCUGGCAUGCGAGAUCGCUUUGCACCAGAAAUCUGCCGCUGAUCUCCAAGCUACGAUGAAGAAACGCGAGAGCGACUUCGCCAGGGAGGUGCAAAGCCACCAGCAGGCUUUCGGUGUGCUUCGAAGGCGCGAAAUUGAUCUCUGCGCCGACUUGGAGACGUACCACAACUCGCUUGCCCAGGUGCAGGCGCGCGAAACCGAAGCAGUUCAACGAGGUCAGCAGUGCUCGGACAUGCUUCGUCACGCUCACGAACUGGUGCAGCGCGAGAAGGGGCUCAAGGAGCGUGAAGACGCUGUCAAGGCGCGCGAAGCCCAGCUCCACAUCGUCCCGGUCGUCAAGAAGGAAUAUCAGACGACGAGGAUGACCCUCCAGAAGAGAAUGCAGCGAGCGCGACGGAGGAGCGUCCUGACAACUCGACCCGCAAAGAGCGCCAGCUUUGAGCUUGUCUCGAGAGGAGGGAUGAGGAGCUCGCGCAGAUGA